AUGAUGAAAAGUAGAUCUAAAAGUCUAAGACACCCAUCUCCAACUCUCCGGGGUGCAAACUGUGAUGUAGAACUUUUGAAGACAACAGCAAGAGAUCGUGAAGAACUUAAAUGCAUGCUGGAAAAGUAUGAGCAUCAUUUGGCAGAAAUUCAGGGUAAUGUGAAGGUUCUUACAUCUGAAAGAGACAAGACCUUUCUUCUUUAUGAACAGGCACAGGAAGAAAUUGCCCAACUUCGAAGAGAAAUGAUGAAAAGCUGUAAGUCUCCUAAAUCAACAGCAGCGCAUGCUAUUCUCUGGCAGGUGGAGACUGAAAGAGACGUACUCUUCACUGAUUUACGAAAAAUGACCACAGAACGAGAUAGUCUGCGGGAAAGACUAAAGAUUGCUCAAGAGACAGCGAUUAAUGAGAAGGCUCACUUGGAGCAGAGGAUAGAGGAGCUGGAGUGCACAGUUCACAAUCUUGACGAUGAACGUAUGGAACAAAUGUCAAACAUGACUUUGAUGAAGGAAACCAUAACUACCGUGGAAAAAGAAAUGAAAUCACUAGCAAGAAAGGCAAUGGAUACUGAAAGUGAACUUGGUAGACAAAAAGCAGAGAACAAUUCUUUAAGACAGUCUACUGAAGCCCUAAUUAUGUGUGAACAAGACAUUUCCAGAAUGUGUCGGCAAUUGGAUGAAACAAAUGAGGCUCAAAUUGCCAGGGAAAGAGAUAGCUUGGCACAUGAUAAUGACAAUCUCCAAGAACAGUUUGCUAAAGCUAAACAGGAAAACCAGGCACUGUCCAAAAAAUUGAAUGACACUCAUAAUGAACUUAACGACAUAAAACAGAAAAAAGUCCAAGAUACUAAUUUGGAGGUUAACAAACUGAAGAAUAUAUUAAAGUCUGAAGAAUCUGAGAACCGGCAGAUGAUGGAUCAGCUCCGAAAAGCCAAUGAAGAUGCUGAAAACUGGGAAAAUAAGGCCCGUCAAGUAGAGGCAGAAAACAAUACCCUCAAAUUGGAACUUAUCACUGCUGAGGCAGAGGGUAACAGAUUAAAAGAAAAAGUAGAUGCCCUCAACAGAGAGGUUGAGCAACAUUUAAAUGCAGAAAGGUCUUAUAAGUCCCAGAUUUCUAUCUUACGUAAGUCUGUUGUAAAGAUGGAAGAGGAGCUUCAGAAGGUUCAGUUUGAGAAAGUGUCUGCCCUUGCAGAUUUAUCUUCUACAAGGGAACUCCGUAUUAAACUUGACUCAAGCAAAGAACUUCUUAAUCGACAGCUGGUUGCUAAAGAUCAAGAAAUAGAAAUGAUGGAGAAUGAGUUAGAUUCUGCUCGUUCUGAAAUAGAAGUCCUCAGGAGUCAGAUGACAAACGAGAGAAUCUCCAUGCAAAAUCUAGAAGCUUUGCUCAUAGCCAAUCGAGACAAAGAAUAUCAGUCUCAGAUAGCACUUCAAGAAAAAGAAUCUGAAAUUCAGCUUCUUAAAGAACAUCUUUGUUUGGCAGAAAAUAAAAUGGCCAUCCAGAGUAGAGAUGUGGCCCAGUUCAGAAAUGUUGUAACACAGUUGGAAGCUGAUUUAGACAUUACCAAAAGACAACUAGGGACAGAGCGCUUUGAGAGGGAGAGGGCUGCACAAGAACUUGGCCGCCAAAAUUACUCAAGUAAUGCCUAUCAUUUGUGUUCCACAAUGAAACAAAAUGCAAAAUGUCAUUCACCAGAACAUGCUCACCAUCCAUCUCCUGACCGAGGCUUAGAUCGAUCGUUAGAAGAGAAUCUUUGCUAUUGAGAUUUCUGA